AUGCAUUGUUUGAUUACAGUCCUUGCUGUGUGGGUAGCAUUAGCUAGCGGUGGCUACGUCGAACACUAUCAAGGUGCAACGAGUUUUAGCUCAUUUGACCUGAAGUCAUCCCCGAUCACGACUGCUGCCGCGUCCUACGGUGGUGGGCCAUCGUACACGGUAAAAGGUUCGACCGAUCACGCAGCGGUUCGGUACGAAACGAAGCCAGUAAUUAGCGCGGUUUACGCAGCACCGAUCACGAAAACGUUGACCUACGGCAGUGCUGCCAGCCAUCAGUAUGUCGCUCCCGUACAGGUGCGGGAGUGUGCGCAUAAGAUCGUCCAGCCGGUACAAACCUCGGUAACGUACGGUGUACCGGCUACCGAAAGCCUCUCUGGUUGGAGUCAUACGGGAUCUUCCGGAACGGGAUAUCAACAAUCUCACGCUACACUAGCCCAAAAAGCCCCAGUAGGAGCUUAUGGGACGAGUUCCACGGUUGGACAUCAUUACUCCACACCGGAGACGAGUAGCAUAAUUUACACACCACCUAAACUAACUGAAACAAUCACCACCGGUACCUAUGGUGGUUCUUUUGGAGGUUAUCAGGGACACAGCCAUCCGGCCCCUAUUGUAGAAACUCUGGUUGAUGUAGCACCACCAAAGUUGAUCCAGCCGCAACCAUCCCCAUCUUACGGGAUUCCUGGAGCAGUCUCCAAUUUCCAUCAGAUCGCUCAGAUUACACCUGUCACUAGUCUGCAUAGUAUCGCACCGAUCAAAACGACAUCCAGCUACGUAGCUACUGGAAGUCACGCCACAUCACACCAAUAUAAAGCAGCAACCAGUCCGGUGAAGUCUGCACCGGCGUACUAUAUUGCCCCAUCGGGACUUGCCCCAUCGGGAAGUGCUGCGUGGAGUGAAGCUUCCAAAAAUCAUGGCCAUAGUUUUACAACCACCCACAGCUACAGCAGCCAAGGUGAGAGCAACAACGCGCAGCAGUAUUUACCUCCAAAGACGACCGUAAUUGCUCCCGUUGCUGUAACAUCGUCGAAGGAUACGAGUCCUUCGCGUGAAUAUCUGCCACCACGCGAAUAUCUUCCACCGCCUCAGGACAUUAAAGGUACUGUUGCUCACGUUACUACCGGUAGUGUUGGAUCCGUUUCGUACGAGAUACCACAGAAGCUGGCUGUUAGCAAAGUGAUUCCACAGCAACAAACUUACAGCCAUUCCGCCAGCUCCUCUUCCACUGCCAAUCACGUGUCUCACGGAGCACAGUACGGGACGGCGGCGAUUCUAUCCCCACUGGCCGUCCACACCAUCCACAAAACGCCCGUUCUAGCUUACGCCCCAAAGCAUCACUGUACCGAAGACCAUUAA